CAUAAAUAACAGAAAAUUCUAAUUUUAUACACAUUCGAAAUUGUAGUUCGGUUAGGAUAGUUGGUGUAAAGAUAUUAUAACUAAGCAUGGAAAAAUCGAUAUUUUUCCUAUUUCCUCUACUACUAUUCGGAAUAGUAGCAGCAGCUCCAAGAGAUACUAGCUAUGUAGUGUCUUCAACUGAACCAUCUAGCAAUGGUGGAAAAGAGGGUACUACGAGCAAAAACUUAAAUCAACAUCCAGAAAUAUACGAAAUGGAUAUAUCAUCAAACAUUUCCAAUCGUUUCGCAAAAACUCUAGUAGUAAGCAAAGUGAGAAAUGAAGGCAUAGUGGCGAAAGAAACAACCUUCACCGUCGUAUUACCAGAUAAAGCAUUUAUUUCUGAGUUUGUUAUGGAAUCUGGUGGAAAAAGUUAUAAAGCCUACAUAAAAGGAAAAGAGGAGGCGAAACAAAUUUAUAAUGAGGCGGUCGCUAGUGGACAAAGUGCAGGGCACGUUGCCGUAAGUACUAGGAACUCUAAAAAGUUCACAGUAUCGGUGAACGUAGAACCAGAGUCAAAAGUUGUAUUCCUGCUAACAUAUGAAGAACUGUUGGACCGUAGAAACGAUCAGUAUGAAUUAAUUGUUAACAUUCAUCCUGGCCAAAUUGUAAAAGAUUUGAAUGUGAAGGUACAAAUAAAUGAGAGUAGGCCGCUAAAAUUCGUUAGAACUCCCUCUUUGAGGUCUGGAAACGAAAUCAGUAAGAACGAAGAUAAAUUGAAUCCAUCUUCUCAAUUAGAGAUAAUAAAUUCUACAUCAGCUGUAGUUAAAUUUAAUCCGGAUUCAGAAGACCAAAGACAAUUUGCUCGUUAUCUUGGGGAUAAGGAAUCGAGUGGCUUAUCUGGACAAUUUGUCGUUCAAUAUGAUGUAGAGAGAGAUCCACACGGUGGAGAGGUGCUACUUCAAGAUGGAUAUUUUGUACAUUUCUUUGCCCCAACUGACUUGGAACCAUUACCGAAACAUGUUCUACUCGUGCUAGAUACGAGUAGUAGUAUGAGUGGCAGGAAAAUUGAACAGGUGAAAGAUGCUUUAAAAAGCAUACUAAAUGAAUUAAGAGAGCAGGACAUAUUAAGUAUAAUAGAUUUUGGUAGUUCUGUUUCCGUGUGGAAUGUAGCUCAGGAACAAAGAACACCAAUAGAUUAUGGAUAUGGCUUUAAUUAUGAGGAACCAUUUAGUAAAUUAAGUAAAGAAGAGUUUCCAGCUGCUUUAACCGCUGACAAUCAAACCUUAAUUAAAGCAAACCGAGUCAUAGAUAGUCUUCGGGCUUAUGGUAUGACCAACAUAAUUGGUGGUCUGGAAGCAGCUUUAUAUUUGGCAAAAGUAAGACAAGAUCAUCCCUCUGAUAAAAAGUAUCAGCCCGUCAUUAUAUUUUUAACCGACGGUGAUCCAAACGUUGGUGUAUAUUCGACACAAACAAUUACGAAUAUUGUUACACGAUUGAAUACUGAAUCCAAAAUUCCUAUAUAUUCUUUAUCGUUCGGGGAAGACGCCGACAAAGAAUUUUUAAGAAAAUUGUCUUUAAAGAACCAGGGAUUCGCCAGACACAUAUAUGAAGCGGCCGACGCCUCUUUGCAAAUACAAGAGUUUUAUAAGCAAGUUUCAUCUCCAUUGUUGUCCAACAUUACAUUUAAAUAUAACGCCGAAGUCAAGGAAGUCACUAAAACAAAAUUCCCCAUCUACUUCAAAGGAUCGGAAAUUGUUGUUUCUGGACGAUAUGACAAUUUGGAGUCACAUCUUAACAUUGCAAGACCAGUAGAUUGUUGGGCUACUGAACCAAAAGUGCUACCACCAACGGUAGAGAGGUCAGUGACGUCAUUGGAACGACUUUGGGCCUACUUAACUGUGAAGCAGUUGCUAGAUGAGAGAGAAUUAGCGGAAAAUAAAACGGAGCUGACGAAAAAGGCUUUAGAUCUUGCACUCAAAUAUUCCUUUGUGACAGACAUUACAUCUCUUGUUGUCGUCAAACCAAAUGAAACCACCAGAGUUAGUACGGAGGACGCUUAUAGAGCCCAAACAGGCGACAUUAGUGAUCGGACUUCUACAGUGCAGCAGAGUUACUAUCGCUCUUCUGGAUUUAGUAGCAGUAACAGAAUGUUUUAUCAACCUCAUUAUUCUAUGUUAGCUUCGCGUGCAUAUAUCUCACCUCGUAUUGGUUCUGCUUAUGACUAUGGAGGUAGUUAUGGGAGUGGUAUUGCUGACUACGAUUUGGUAUCAGUGCGAUCAUUUUCAGCCAGAGGAAAAAGUGCUUGGCCACAUCCACCUCCACCUCCACCUACAGCAGCAGCGACAAUUUCAGCAUCAAAACUAUCGAAAUUUGUAGAUACUUCCACAGAGCUUACAUCAACAUCCAAUCCAAACGCUUUAAACAUUUCUUCACCUCCAACACCAUCAACAACAACAAUACCAAAAGUCGUGGAUAUACUGCCAUGGCUUGCAUCAAAAUUGAAUCCGAAUGGAUCUUUAAUUAUAGGUCAAAAUAUUUACGAUUUGGGAGAGAGUUAUCGUCCAAUUAUAGACCAGGAAUGUCCUCAGACACCUCUGAAUGCCACACAAUCAGGAACAUGUUCCACCUUGUCACUUUGCCCAGAAGUUCACUCUUUUUUGACAGAUUUCUCCAUCUAUCAGCAAUACUUCUGCUCCAUCGAAAUAACUGAUAAAAAAUACGCUGGAGUGUGCUGCCCACCAAAAAAACAAAAAAAUUAACAUAUGCAACGUGUGAAUUAUACUUUAUGUAAAUAUAUGUAUCUGUAUAUUAUGUCAACAU